AAUAUAUAGAUCUAUACCAAACCAUUGCUUCUGCGAUCUAUCCUGUCAACAAACUGAGAUUUAUGCGAUAAUAGAUUUAUCUCACAGUAUCUAAACUAUAAAUCUAGAUCAUCAAUAAUAAAUCUAGUCUGUAGAGACAGAGUAUAGGGAUUAUCUACAUUUACUAAUCAAGAUAAUAGUAAAUAGAAUCUAGAUCUACCGAAAGUCAGAAUGCCUGAUCAUCUUGGAUCUGACCAGCGUAAAGUAAAAGAAAAGGACAAAGAAGAAGAGAAACCCAUUCAAUCUCUUGAUGAAGGAGACAUUGCCCUCUUGAAAACAUAUGGUGUGGGCCAGUACACUAAAGCAAUUAAAGCUGUGGAAGAAGAUAUCCAGAAUGUGCUGAAAAAUGUCAAUGAAUUAUCUGGUAUUAAGGAAUCAGACACAGGGCUGGCACCACCUGCCUUGUGGGAUCUUGCUGCUGAUAAACAAACAUUACAAAGUGAGCAGCCAUUGCAAGUAGCACGCUGUACUAAGAUCAUAAAUGCAGACUCAGAUGACCCUAAAUAUAUCAUCAAUGUCAAGCAGUUUGCCAAGUUUGUCGUUGACCUCGGAGAACAAGUAGCACCAACAGAUAUUGAAGAAGGCAUGAGAGUUGGAGUUGACAGAAACAAAUAUCAAAUCCACAUUCCUUUACCUCCGAAAAUUGACCCGACAGUCACAAUGAUGCAGGUGGAAGAAAAGCCUGAUGUGACAUACAGUGAUGUUGGUGGAUGCAAAGAACAAAUAGAAAAACUCAGAGAAGUUGUGGAGACUCCUCUACUUCAUCCGGAAAGAUUUGUCAACCUUGGUAUUGAGCCGCCCAAAGGUGUGUUGUUGUUUGGCCCUCCUGGAACUGGGAAGACUCUGUGUGCCCGUGCUGUGGCCAACAGAACUGAUGCUUGCUUCAUUAGAGUCAUCGGCUCAGAGCUUGUACAGAAAUAUGUGGGGGAAGGUGCCAGAAUGGUCAGAGAAUUGUUUGAAAUGGCUAGAGCUAAAAAAGCUUGUAUUAUUUUCUUUGAUGAAAUAGAUGCUGUAGGAGGUGCCAGGUUUGAUGAUGGAGCUGGUGGGGAUAAUGAAGUACAGCGUACCAUGUUGGAACUGAUCAACCAGCUGGAUGGCUUUGACCCCAGGGGAAACAUCAAGGUGUUGAUGGCCACCAACCGGCCAGAUACUCUUGACCCAGCACUGAUGAGGCCAGGAAGACUUGACAGAAAAAUAGAGUUUGGAUUACCUGACCUUGAAGGCCGUACACAUAUAUUUAAAAUACAUGCUAGAUCUAUGAGUGUAGAGAAAGAUAUUCGUUAUGAGCUGCUGGCUAGAUUAUGCCCAAACAGUACAGGAGCAGAAAUUCGUAGUGUUUGCACAGAAGCUGGAAUGUUUGCUAUCAGGGCUCGUAGGAAGAUGGCUACAGAGAAAGAUUUUCUGGAAGCAGUAAAUAAAGUCAUCAAAGCCUACGCCAAAUUUAGUGCAACUCCUCGUUACAUGACUUACAAUUAAAUCAAUAGUAGACUUGAUAGAAAUGGACAGAGCUUGUGUGUUUACUCUCUGAUCUGAUUUGAACUUAAGUGAAUCAUUGUUUGUAUUCAUGAUUUUUUGUUUCAGCUUAUUAAAUCAUGGUAUCUUUCAUACUAAA